CCAGCCCUCUCGUAGUGGCAGCAGCCAGCACAAGUGUGUCCAGCUUCAGCUCCUGCUCCGUAUAAAUCAGCCAUUUAUCAUCAAUCAUGGCCGCCGGAGUACAAAUCUAACUCUCGUCUUCCUCCCUGUCGUCUGGAAGGGAGGCUUUUUUUUUUGUUUUUGGGUUGGAGGAAGCAGAAAAACAUUAGAGGCACGCUGAUUUGGAUCUCCUCUCGGAAUUACAAUACAUCUCACCAGGGAAAUACCAUUCAUGUCAAUACUCCAAAAUGCAGCCGCCGCCGAGGAAGGUCAAAGUGACACAGGAGCUGAAAAACACUCACACAGAGCAGAUGACAAGACUGCACUUUAAGCACCAGACUGAAUGUGACCUGCUGGAAGACAUGAGGAGCUACAGUCUGAAGAAGGGUCAGCUGGAGCGGGACUAUGCACAGGCUUUGCAGAAGUUGGCGAGUCAGUACCUAAAAAGAGACUGGCCUGGAAUCAACCCAGACGACCAGAGAACGGACUACAGGAAUGUAUACGCAGUGUGGCGGUCAUACUUGGAAGGUACGGUGCAGGUCAGCCAGUCCAGGCUCAACGUGUGCGACAACUACAAGUGUCAAGUAUCAGAGCCUGCCAAGACCGUUCGUCUCUACAAGGAGCAGCAGCUCAAAAAGACCAUCGAUCAGCUAAGUGGCAUUCAGGCAGAGCUGCAGGAGUCGGUGAAGGAAUUGGCCAAAGCCAAGAAAAAAUACUACGACUGUGAGCAGGUCGCCCACGCUGUACGAGAGAAGGCCGACAUAGAAGCCAAGUCAAAAUUGGGACUUUUUCAGUCAAGAAUUAGUUUACAGAAAGCAAGCGUCAAGUUAAAAGCAAAAAGAAGCGACUGUAAUUCUAAGGCGACGCAAGCGAGGAACGACUACCUGCUAACGCUAGCUGCUGCAAACGCUCACCAUGACCGCUACUACCACACAGAUCUGCUGCACUGCAUACAGGCUUUGGAUGGCAGAAUCUACGAGCACGUGAAAGACUACCUGGUAGCUCUGUGUCGCACUGAGCUCGAGGCGUCCCAGGCGACACACAACACCUUCCAGUUUCUUCUGGACAAGUCCACCAGGAUAAUCCAAGAGUUCAACCAGCAGUUGUUCAUGCAGGAGAAUCCAGUGUUUCAUAAAGCACACGACUUUCAGUUCCAGCCCAGCGAAUGUGACACGACUCUGAGUUCGGUGCAGCAGUUGGUGGACAUUGAGCCGUCGCCCGUCAGUGCCAUGAGAAUGACCCUGGCACAGAGUCGUCAGCUGGAGUCGGAGUCGGGGACGACAGAGGAGCACAGUCUGAACAAGGAGGCCAGGAAGUGGGCAACCAGAGUGGCGAGAGAGCACAAGAAUAUCAUUCACUGCAAGAGAUCGCUGGAGGAGUGUGAGAGCCACGGCUUGCCCCCCACGGAGCAGGGCAGACUAGAUCUGGAGCUGAAGAUCGAAGACACCAAAGAAAAUAUGCGCAAAUCCGAGACAAUAAAGUUGAAAGCUGAGGCUCGGCUGGACCUUCUGCGGCAGGUGGGCGUGUCCGUGGACACCUGGCUGAAGAGCGCCAUGAACCAGGUGAUGGAGGAGCUGGAGAAUGAACGCUGGGCCAGCUACACUUCCCACGAUCCCUCACUGUCGGGCACGGUGGACUUGGAGCGUGAGGAGGGCGAAGAGUGCGAAGAGAACAUGGAGGUUUUUGACGACAGCAGCUCCAGUCCUUCGGGAACCCUCCGCAACUACCCACUGACCUGCAAAGUCUUGUACUCAUACAAGGCUUCUCAGCCAGACGAGUUAACCAUUGACGAGCAAGAGAUGCUGGAGGUCAUCGAAGAUGGAGACAUGGAGGACUGGGUCAAGGCUCGCAAUAAGACAGGUCAGGUCGGCUAUGUUCCGGAGAAGUACCUGCAGUUCCCCACCUCCAACAGUCUGCUGAGCAUGCUCCAGUCUCUGGCCACGCUCGACGCUCGAUCGCACACCUCGUCCAACUCGACGGAACCAGAGCUGCACUCCGGCUGCAUCAAUGGAGACACAAAUACGGUGUUUGUCCGUGCACUUUACGACUACGAGGGCCAGGCGGACGAGGAGCUCUCCUUCGCCGAGGGAGCCGUGAUCCGCCUGCUGAGCCGCGACACCCAGACGGACGACGGCUUCUGGGAGGGCGAGCUCAACGGCCGGGUGGGCGUCUUCCCCUCGGUGCUGGUGGAGGACCUCACGGAGAACGGGGAGACGAGCGCCGGCGGAGCGGGAGACACGCAGAUCUCUCCGUCUCUGAAGUUGCCAUCUUCUCUACCACCUCUCCCUCUCUACGACCAGCCUCCCAUCAGCCCCUUCACCAGCCCCGAGACCUCCACCCCUCCGCCCCUGCCGCGCUCGCCCUCCGCUGCACUCAACGGGGAGCACAAGCCUCCGCUGCCCGCCUCGGCACACAAAGGGCCGCUGUCCGCUCACAAUCAGAGCUCUGGCCGGAGUCCAGUCUCUCCCGGAUUCGUUCAGACACAACCGCAGCGAUUCACUCCAGACGGAGGCCCCGGCAAGCUGCGACCCGUGCGAGCUGCUCCUCCUCCGCCCAAACAGCACUCCCGUCGACAGCAGGAGAAGAGCGACAAGACGGAAGAGGUGGAGAUCACGCUGGUGUGACGGGCCCGAGGAAAACGGGAUUUGGGGACCUGAACUGCUUUGAACUGAAGUUAAAAGCUGGACUGAAACUGAAGCGAACCACGUGGACCCCCUCUGGCCGCCGCCGUCCUUCCCAUCGCGUUCGUGUUUAGAGAGCGGAGAGAGGGAGGAUGGAGGCAGAGGACCCAGUUAAAUAAUCUUCCUAAUGAAGUGCAGCAGUAGCAGCCACCCCCCCCCCCCCCCCCCCAUCCUUAAACCCUCCCCCUCCUCCCGCUGUCCCUCCAUUCUUGCCUUAUAACCUCAUCUCAUUGGACAGCCGAGCAGAGCGCGGUGAAGAGGAGGAGGAAUGUCUGGAGAGUGGGCGUGUGAGGAAAAGUGCUGAUGGGUUUGGCAAGUGUUUUUUUUUUUUUUUUUUUCUCUUCUUGCUUUUUCCUCAUUAAGCUUACUUGAACCUGAGUGGUGUGGUUUUAUUCCCGUGCAAAGGCGGCAGCUCCCUGUGCUCCAUUUAGCCUCGUUUCCACCCACGCACAGAGCCAAACCUGAACUGGAGGUGACUGUAAUUUAUUGAAAUUACUUUCAAAUUGUAUUUGAAGAUCUGCCUAAGUUCUACACCAAGUAAGAAUGUAAAGUUUAAACAGAAAUAAUACAAAUUAACUAAUCAACCACAACAUUAUGGCGUAAAGUGAUUAACAGUUUUAUUACUGGCAGCUGCUGGUGGAUAUUAGGCAAAGAGGAAACAUUUUGUCGUGUAAGUUGAGGCGUUAGAAGCAGAAAAAUGAGCAAACGUCAGGAUUUGAGCCACUUCUGAUGGGGAUAAUAUUGAGAUUUCUGAACCAGAGCGUCUCCAAAGCUGCAUCUCUUGCUUGGCAUUCCGGGGCUGCAGUGCUCAGAGUCUAUUAAAGGUGGUUUAAGGAACGAAAGGCAGUGAACUGCUGACAGGAUCGUGGGUGGGAGAGGCUCACUGAUGCACGUGGGGAGUGAAGACUGGACCCAGCGAGCUGCUGGAGCUCAGACUGCUGCACGAAUUACUGCUGGUUCACAAGCCGUGUUUUGAAUUACUAAAGCUAUAAGAAAUAACUUGAUUUGAAGCCGAUUUUAGAAUCCGAUACCUUUUUGCUAAACCUGUUGUCUUCUUUUAAAGUAAGCUUGAUGAAAGAUACCGAGGGGAAAACUUGCCAGGCUCACGGUCUUUCAGCCUUCAGCGGAGGUGGAACCGAGCGAACAGACCCUCCCCCCACCAUAUAUAGUCAUUAUCAUCAUACGUAUUCAAUGUGUAUUAGUACAGUACAUUACUGUGGUCAUAGGAAUGUUAUGCACAGCGUUUCAUAUAGACUUAACUCAGCCGAAUGGAGAACCAUGUCCGAUAUGUAGUGGAAGUUCUAUCUUCGUCUUAUCCUGAAAGGGCAUUGUAAAUACUUUAGGAAGGAGGGACGAGAGGAGAGAGCGAGGGGCGGGGGAGAGAGCGAGGAGGCUGGAUCCUCCGCUCUCCUCCUGUCUUCACCUCCUCGGCAUCUCCCCCUCUCGUCUCUGACGUCUGUUCAGUCCAUCGGCAGUCGGUGUGAACCAGUGGAGACGUCCACGCAUAGUUCUAUUAUACUACUCGAACACGUGGGUGUAGCUUUCCUCAUUCUGUGUGUCGGGAUCAGGAGAAGGCCGUCUUUGGCGAGUAUUCACUAUGUGCUGACUUAUAAAAAAGAAGAAAAAGAAGUUUAAACAAGGAGGAUUUGGGCCCUGACAAGUAUUCAGUCCUUUUUCUGAGCACAGAAUGAUCAUGUACAGUGUUGAUCCCGUCUGAUCAAAUCUCCUCCCACGUCGAUUUUGUUCAUUUAUAACAUUGUUCCGUUCACCGUUCACAUAUUUCCUUGUUUACGUCAUAUUUGUUACGUUCAGAGGUUCUUUUUGGUUCCCCGUUAUUUUUACGAUUGCCUCGUCACUUUCUCGGUUUUCUAAAACUCUCUUCUUUUCGUUGCGCGUUUCACCGGAGCGAGGCGUGUCGAGCAGGUCGAUCACAUGGACGGAGCGAGCUAACGACAUUCAAACCGAGCUGAGAACAAAUCUGUUGUUUUGGGUUUUUUUUUUUUUUUUUUGUUAUUGUUAUUUUACUAAAACUUCCCCCUCAAGCCUUUAACCCCCCGUGCCCAGAGGGCAGUGUAGCACUUUCAUUUAUUUCGACCUUCCCUGGGAAGUAGCAGUACCUUCACCUGCAAUCAGCAUGGACAGAAAUGACUCCGGAAAAAUCACCGUUUUUCACCAAACGCAGACGUCUGAGUCGUUCUGUUUCAUCCUGAUCUUAUGGACACUGUUUUUUUUUUUUAUUAUUAUUAUUGACUGAUUCUUAAAAAUAUGUCUCUGCAUUUCUGAAGAGGUGGGAGAAGUGUUUGUGGACAGUGUCAUUUGGUGUUAUUUAAUUUUACAAAAGCAAAGAAAUGUAGAAAACAAAAGAAAAUAUGUUUGAAAUAAGGACAUAGAGAGAAUGUGUGUUAUUUUUUUUUUUCUAUCUUGGCGAGCGGCCUGGCUGUUUGUGAUUUAAAAAAAAAAGGGAGAGGAGGGGUUUUAUUCGACUUUGUUUAGACUUAGUUUAAAGUUUUCAGGACAUUUAAGUGAAUUCCCAGCAGUCAGUAUCGACCCCAGAUCAGUAAUGGUCAGUUUUGAAAAUUGUUUAACCCACUGGACAAUAAUAGUUGGAAGCGGAUAAAAAAAGUUCUGUUCUCCACCUUGUAAUGCAAUGAACGAGGCCUCUGAUCGGCUUUAAGGACAAUCAGUAUGAUCCGGGGAUGGAGAUCUCAGAUCUUCACACGAGCAGAUAUACACAAAAGAUCUGAGGUUACUUUGAUCAAAAAAGGCUGUUUUGAAAGCGUUCGCUCUAAAAUACUGAUUCCUCCUUUGUACAUUUAUUUUUAUUGAUUAGAAAAAAAGAAGAAAGUCUAGUGGAAUGAUGCUUUCAGAAAAGAAGAAUUAGUGUUUUAGACUGGGCUGCUGUUCCAGUGUCUUCAGAUCAGUUUUUCAAGGAUCGAACCGCAGAUCUUGGGGGUGUGGCUGUAAACCGGUUCAUAAUAAAGAAUCAGUACAGUCAUUCGAUCUGAUUUCUGGUCCCGUUUUGGUUAAAUUGACCUUUCUAUGUAAUCAGUGAUUUACAUUUUUGGAAAUUGCAACCAACCCACAAAUAAUGGGGACGUGGAGGCGGAGUCAGCAGUUUCUCUUAUCUGCCCCAGAUUCACUUUGUGUUUCGGUGUCGUGUUGUCGGAUUGUGUCUCAUCGCACAGUCGAAAAACUCCAAACUGCUCCGACUGAGACGGCAUCCAGCAUAAAUAGCUGUCUGUCUAUUAAUGUCACCCCUUGGACUUCACCUUUGUUUUCAAUUACUGAAAUGUAGAAUUGAUUUCGUGCGUUCAGAUUGGAGGAUGUGGAGGAUGAGCUCCGCCCACAGAGCUUCAACAAACUCCAGAACUCUCAUAACACACACAGUUCUGGAUAAAUUCCAGAUUUCCUGUUAUUUUCACGUCAAUAAAUCAGUUUCAAAUGACUGUUUGGCAAUAACAUCACUUUUUAUCACAUAGCGUCAUUUUAACUUUAAAUGUCUGGAAGGUUUUGAUUCAUGGUUUUGCACAGUAAAAGCUUUUUCUCUGCCACACUUCAGAUAAAAUUUCUUCUGUAACAUGUUUGUUCGAAUAAAUUCCCGCCCUCCACUUAUUUAUUAUAAUCCUGCUUCUACAGGUUUUCCCUUCCGCUGAUCUCUAGAGUCCCCACAGGGGAGACCCGGCCCACACUUUGAUAUCCAGCACCUGCUGUGUAGUGUUUGUAUAGUGGGAGUAAAUCCAUUGGCUUCCCUUUCUGAAAGCUGAACUCGAUCCAGCCGAAGCGAGUCCAAACACGACGUGAAAAAUAAAACCUUUCGUUUAGUGUAGCAUCUUCUGCUGCUGCGGGAACCGGCGCCGACCCGUGGCCGUGUGGUCGCUUCAACAGCGGCCGCUCCUUGAUCUCUCUGAGAUCUGAUUUGUGACUAUUUUCAAGCUUGUUUUGAAGUUUCUGGUGUCAGAGCAGCGUCCACACAACGUCCCCCCAUGAAAACCUCCAUCAUCCAGCCUGUCAAACGUCACAUUCAGGACCUUUUGUUGCCUGCUGUCACUUUGAACAUGAGUAUUUUCCUUUUUUCUAACAGCCCCGGUGUUUAAUUAUUUGGUAUGAGCCUCUUUUUUUAGAUUUUCUUUUUUUUUUUUAAAUGUUUUAUAUAAUUCUUUAUUUUUCUUGUGUGGAUUCGGAGCAGCACAGAUGUGGUGGAACAACUGGCCUUCUCUCUCUUCACAGACUGCUGCCAUGAUGACAAUAAUGAGAACAGGCGCAAAAGUCUUUCUGCAUAUUAUUAUUGGCUGUACAAAAAAAAAAAAUAAAGUUUGUAUUUAUUGUGUACAAAUGUUAAUAAA